GUUAUUCUUCUAAGACAUUAACCAACUUCCCGCUAGACAACUGGUACAGAUCAAAGCAGGAUGAAAUCACAGCAUUCAAGAACCAACUGAAUCUGUUGUGUUCAACCUUGAACACUGAUAGUACCAAUGACAUCAAAAAAGAAAAAGAUCUACCGGAAGAAGAAGAAAGUGCUCUCUGGCAGCUACGACCGCCUGCAAAUAGCUCAUUCGAUCCGAAACGCUGCUGCCUUGAAGGCACAAGGGUUGAUGUGCUGCGAACAGUCAAUGAGUGGACACGUUCGACAGAACAAUGUGGACAAAUUUACUGGAUUCACGGUGUUGCCGGAUGUGGGAAGACGUCAGUCGCAGCGUCUAUUUCAGCCGAGUUAGAUUCGCGCAAGGCUCUGUCUGGUUCAUUUUUCUGCAGCAGGGACAUUCCAGAGUGCAGGAGUUCAAUCAGAUUUGUUCACUCUCUCGUGUAUUUC